CGUGUGUAUAUCUUGUAUUAUGAACACAAGGUGUCCCCGUCGCGUGUCAUCACAUCACCGCACAACAAACAACAAAUAAAACGACACAAACACGGAACCACUCACGACAACCGCACCGCACCGCGCGGGACCACAAAGCGCCUGUCGCACGCAGAGAGAGGCUAGCUACAAAAGAGACGCCAUGCACCGACACACUCGGGCCAUACCACACACGGCCAUGCUGAUGCUCAUCAGUCGAUAUCAAACUUGAUGCCCUGUGCCAAUGGCAGUUCCUUGGAGUAGUUGAUGGUGCACGUGGCGCGACGCAUGUACUGGCACACACGCAAACACACACACACACACACACGCAGUCACACAGACGAUGGGUCGCCUCGCCCACAUGCGUCGAUUCGCCCUUGUGCAUACAUACCCACCUGUUUCCACGCGUCAGAUCCCGAUUCCCUGCCGCCGCCCGUCUCCUUCUCGCCCCCGAAGGCACCGCCGAUCUCGGCACCUGACGGGCCGAUGUUGACGUUGACCAAACCGCAGUCAGAACCACUGGGGCUGUGGGAAGACACACAUGACGGAUGCAUGGAUGAGUGCAAGGGUGAGGUGAAGGAUGGGUGUGUGUUGCUGUGCUGGCAGCCGCGGCGGCUGCCUACCCGAUCCAUGUGAAGAUGUUGGCUAUGUUCUGUGUGUAGAGGGACGACGAAAGGCCCUGUGGCACACUGUUGUUGAUGGCAAUGGCCUGCCAUUUCAUUCAUGUGACAAAUACCAUAAACAUUCCACAAAUGGACACAGGUCAAAGCUCUGCACACCCAUAGGCGUCAUAUGAUGCCGACGCCCACUCACCUCAUCGAGCGUGUCGAAUUUGAUGACGUAUAGGAUGGGCGCAAAGAUCUCUUCGUUGAGUAUGGGCGCGUUGGGAGAGAUCUCCACCAGCGUCGGCGUCACAUAGUACCCGGGCCUCUCGAUGUCAGUGCCGCCGUAGUGGAUGACUCCGCCCUGAGACUUGAUCUGCACACAUACACACACUCGGUUUCUCUCUGUUUGUGUGAGUUGUGUUGCUUAGGGUUGGUCAAUAAAACGACCUGGUCGAGACCCCAGAAGUAUUUGUCUUUGGCUUGUUGGUUAUGCAGGGGGCCGCAGAGCGUCUUGCUGUCCAGGGGGUCGCCCACCGUUUUGGACACACUGCAUGCCAUGCAGGGAAACAAGAGACACAACAACGAAACACGCGCACUCACGUGUGUGGCUGACAGAAAGUCUCUCUCUCUCUCUCUCUCCCCAUCCUGACCUCUGGUAUGCGUUCUUGAGUUUGGUCAUGACUGUGUCGAAGACGCUCGAGUGGACCAGCAGCCGCCUGAGGCUCGUGCACCGCUGACCACAGGUGCCAACGGCGGCAAACACCGAGCCUCUGAUGGCGAUGUCGAGGUUGGCAUCGUCCAUGAUGAUGCUUGCGUUGUUGCCCCCCAACUCCAAAACACUCUUGCCAAACCGCUCCUGAACCUUCAGCGCAAUGCCACGACCCUGCCCAUGACACCGUGACGCACACACCACACCACGCCACACCAUAUGUAUGUGUGUGUGUGUGUGAUUGACCACACACACGGACACUCAUCCCUCCACUCUGCUCUCUGCUGUGUGUGAUGAUGCGGGCGUACCGUCUUGGUGGACCCUGUGAACGACACGAGUGCGACCCUCUUGUCGGUGACGAUCCGCUCGCCCACGGUCGGCCCGUCGCCGGUCAGCAGACAAAACACACCCGCCGGCAGGCCGUUCCUCUCCAGCACUCGGGCCACGAUCUUCGUUACGGCCACUGACGUGAGCGGCGUCGUAUCGGCGCCCUUCCACACAUUGCAGUUGCCGCAAACCAGAGAUAUGGACAGAUUCCUGUGUGAAGAGAGAGGGGCAGAUGGUAGGCGUGGAUGGUGGGGUGAUGGCCAUCCAAUGCACAUCAAUACGUAUACAUACCAUCCGAGAGGCGCGACGGGGAAGUUGAAGGCGGUGAUGAUGCCGACGGUGCCCAGUGGAUGCCAGCACUCCAUCAACGCAUGGCCGGGACGCUCGGAGGGGAAGACUGAUGGACAGGUGGACGACACGCACAUGUCUGUCAGCCUUGUCUGUCUGUCCAUCUGCGUGUGUGGAGUGCCUGCGUGCGUCCCUACCUACCUUUGCCUUCGAGUUGUCUGCUGAUGCCGACAGCCAGAUCACAAAUGUCGAUGAAUUCCUGCACCUCGCCGAUCCCUUCGGCCUUGAUCUUGCCCAUCUCCAGGGCAACCAACAUACCCAGGCUCUCCAGGUUCGCACGCAACUCAUCACCCAACUGAAAGAGCACCAAACACAGACAGACAGACCAAAGGUCGUCCGGACGUCAUGUCAUGCAUUCGUGUCAGUUCAGUCAGUCACCUGCCUGACGAUUUCUCCCCUCUUUGGUGCCGGCAUGUUCAUCCACACGCCCUUGCUGGCCUCCAUCUUCGCCAAACACCGCUCCACCUCAUCUGGCGUGGCGGACGUCACCCUGCCGAUGACUCGGCCUGUAGCUGGAUUGACGCUCGUCAUGGGCGGGCCGGAUCCUGCCCAUUGCCCGUCGCCGAGGUAGACACCCAGGUUGGACUCAGCAAGGCCGAGAUCCGCAAGGAACGGAUACGCGCUGAAACACAGAUCUGCUGAACCCCCAUUCAUCUUCGCAAUCGGCGUGUUCCUUUUCUCUCUCGCCCCGCCGUCUGCG